AAGUUACGUCAGGACGCAUGUCGCCUGCUCAAGAGUUAUUGAUACAACUACUUGAAUAUUCAUCUCAAUUCACAGGUACCAUCUGGAUAUAUUUAAUAUAGAGAUAAUCGUUCCGACAAAAACGUAUAGCUGGCUUUUUUAGUUAACCAAGGAACUGUUAACUUAGCUAGCUAACGUUAUCUGGCUAUAUUAGGGUUGCUUGACAACACAGAUGGUAACCAAAACAAGCCGAAGAAGACUGCGCUGAUCUGCAUCAAAAAAUUGGUCAAUCACAAAUCGGGUUGUUGUUAGCCUGCAAGAAGUGCCAAGAGAGAGAUGGUAGAUGACAAUAGACGAGGGGACGAUGAACGGGGUCCUGGAGCAGCAUAUCAAAUGUUCGUGGUUAUGGAGGACCUGCUGGACAAAUUGAAGCUUCUGGAUUAUGAAGAGGAAGUUCUGGCAAAGCACAACAUGAAAGCUCUAUCCAGGCAUUACUUUGCAUCCAGUGCCUACAUGCCAUCAAAUCCAGGGGAGCAAUUCUUCAUGUUUACCAUAAUCGCGUCUUGGCUCAUCAAUGCAGCAGGGAGACCCUUCGAGCAGCCUCAGGAGUAUGACGACCCCAACGCCACCGUGUCCAACAUUCUCUCACAGUUGAGAGCUUUUGGAGGACUGGUAGACUUUCCUCCCUCCAAACUAAAAGCUGGUUCAGGGGAACAUGUUUGCUAUGUGCUGGAUCGGCUGGCUGAAGAGGCUCUGAAGGAGAGAGUGUUUUCCUGGAGAAGACCAAACUACCCUACAGAGGAGAUGGAAGAAGAGUCUGUGAUGGAGGAUGAUGCAGAGCUGACUCUCAGUAAAGUGGAAGAGGAGAUGACAGAGGAACCAGACGACUGUGAGGAAGAGAACGUCAUGGAUCUAGAGGCACUUAAAUCAAGGACCAAUCAAAGUGAGGCCAGACUAUCUUCAAAGCCAGACAAUAUACUGGAAUCAAACAUGGACGCUGCCGAGUGGAAUCUAGAGGUGGAGCGGGUUCUCCCACAACUGAAGGUCACAAUCAGAACAGACCACAAGGACUGGAGGAUCCACGUGGACCAAAUGCAUCAGCACCAAGACGGGAUCAAAUCAUCUCUCAAGGAGGCCAAGGGCUACCUAGACAAGCUGCAGGAGGAGAUCGGUAAGACACUGGAGAAGGUGGGCAGCAGAGAGAAAUACAUCAACAACCAGCUGGAACACCUUAUCCAGAACUACCGCAGCGCCCAGUCCAAACUCAGCGAGGCAAGGGAGUGCUACCAGCAGGGAAGUGGUGGAGUUACAGAGAGGACCAGAGUUCUGGCUGAGAUCACAGAGGAGUUGGAGAAGGUGAAGCAGGAGAUGGAGGAGAAGGGCAGCAGUAUGUCUGAUGGAGCCCCGGUGGUGAAAAUCAAGCAGAGUCUGACCAAGCUCAAGCAGGAGAUUGUUCAGAUGGACAUUCGGAUUGGAGUGGUAGAGCACACACUACUGCAGGCCAAGCUAAAGGAGAAGUCCAACAUGACUCGAGACAUGCACGCCACCAAUAUCCCAGAGCCUGCCAUCGGCGCAUACUGAGAUAUACACAGUAUCUAUCAUUAGCUUACUGAACUUUAUAUAGCGAUACAUUAUGCCUGUGCAAUGCUAUUAUUUACAUGGUAUGGUACCUGUUAUGAGAAGGCAAGCAGUGGGUUACAUCCUGACUACAGCCAAUAUACCAAAGUCCUUUAAUGAUUCUAACCGGUCUGUUUAAGCAGACACAUGGAGAGACAUCUGUAUUGUUCUGACUUCAACUGUCAUAUGUUUCAUAUCAUAUUUGAUUGCAUUCGAAGGCUUUGUUGGCGCGGUUUAAUUAAUGUAUUUACAUACAUUGGAAUGAUAAAAUACAGAUUUGAAUGCCCAUAUGUUUUACAUGCAGGGUUAAGUUUGCUAAUUGCCAUAUUUGUAAUGGAGAUAAUUAAACUGAUUUUUUUUUUUUUACAAAUAAGAAGUUGUAUAAUAUUACUGAUGUGGAUUUGAUGGGGACAUUUAUUUAGACUUUUGAUCUGGUAAGGCUCAUGAAAUGUCUGGAAAGGUGACAUUAAACAUGCAUCCAGCCAUUUGUAACGAAAAUAAUUGUACCAUAUAGAAAAGUGGAAAUACUUACAAAGUCGGCUGAGAUUGAUUUGCCAGCAAUGUUUGCUGUGUCAGGGUACAUGAUGAAACAUUAAUAUAAAAAUCCAAAAGUAA